AUGAACAGGACUCAAAAUCUCAGCCAAACUUUCAUCCCAUUUCAAUGCUCACUCAUCGAUGUCUACUUCCUCGAAGUUACCGAAAGCUUCUCUUAUAAUACUUUUAUUAACUCUAUCAUUUUUUUCAAUGCCUUUACUGCUUUUAUUGCCUCGUGCAGCAAUGGCGUCCUUAUCUACACCAUUUGGAAAACUGAGUCACUAAGAACCCCUUCCAAUCUUCUGAUACUCGGUUUAACGAUUUCAGAUUUUGGGGUCGCUGUCUCUGCACUACCGUCCUACUGCGUGCUAAGGUUCUCUGAAAUAAAAGGGAAUUUAUCAAUGUUUUGUGUGUCCGGUACGAUUUAUAACGUCAGCAUCUGGACUCUUGCAGCGGCAUCUUUACUCUCUUUAACUUCUAUCACUGCAGACCGUUUCCUGGCUGUUUAUUUUCAUUUGCGGUACCAAGAAUUGGUCACAACCAAGCGCUGCAAGGUGGCUAUUUUUGGCAUAUGGAUAUCGAGUGUCAUCAUUUGCGUUUGCAGAGUGUUGGCCAUGGGCGUGGAACUUGUUAUUUGCGGAACGAUUUUACUCACUUUUAUAAUUUUGGUCAAUGUGUUUUUUAUCUUUAAAAUCUCUCAAGUAAUAAGCAGACACUCAUUGCAGAUCCACGCCCAACAGCAAUCAGUACAACAGUCUAUAGACAUGCCCAGAUACAAGAAAUCUGUAAAUACCAUGUACUAUGUGAUUGGUGCGUUCUUGGUGUGUUAUCUCCCAUUCGUUGGAACAAUGGUUAUUCACACCAUUUUUGCUCAAAAUCAAUCGAAAGAACUGUAUUGCUUCAUAUUGAUUACUGCGACGCUAGUCAAGUUUAACAGCGUCCUUAAUCCAUUCAUCUAUUGCUGGCGGAUUCGAGAGAUACGUAGUGCUGCCUGUAAAACUCUUAGAAGUCUAUGGAAACCAUAA